UAGAGGCCCUCACAUUGGGCGUCUCGCCGUUUGCUUGUUCAUCCCUGUGUGCGUGCUCUGAAUCAGUGGACCCCAGUUUUUUUUCCCUGCAGAAGAGUUUCUUGUCCAAGGAGCUGCAAGCUUCCCAGGGUGCGAAGGCGAGGCACCGCGGCUGCUGCGAUGGCCGGCUGGCGGAGGCUGGUCGUGGCGGCGCUCCUGCAGCUGGCCUGUUCACGCGCCCUUUCUACAGAGAGUAAUUGCUAUGAAGAAGGGGAGCUAUCACAAGGAAGAGGAUAUUUCUACUGUUUAGAGCCUCGUCUGAACUUCAAAGACACUUCAAAGAACCUGUUAAUGGACUUUCGCAACAAAAACAAAAACAAUGUAUUCGGUCUCUCACUCAACAGAACAGCCGAUGCCUUCCACAUCAUUACUAUGAAAGAUAGUGAAACAAUUAACAGCACAAAAUUUGAUCUACGAAACUCUUCAAGUGAACUCCAUCUAAACAUCGACCGCUCAAGUGUGCUCGCAAAGACUCACGGAACAUGGCGGAAGCUGGACAUUCCGGAGACAAACCAGAUCUUCUCCUUGUACAUUCGAAUUUCCAAUCCUCCUUUCUGCAUCACUUGCAACGGAGAAGACAUCUGGCAAAACGAGCGAGACACUUCUCAGAGCACUGAGCAAGGCGACGCUCAUUCCAUCCAAAGCACUGAGCAAGGCGACGCUCAAUCCACCCAGAGCACUGAACAAGGCGACGCUCAAUCCACCCAGAGCACUGAGCAAGGCGACGCUCAAUCCACCCAGAGCACUGAGCAAGGCGACGCUCAAUCCACCCAGAACACUGAACAAGGCGACGCUCAAUCCACCCAGAGCACUGAACAAGGCGACGCUCAGUCCACCCAGAGUACUGAACAAGGCGACGCUCAAUCCACCCAGAGCACUGAACAAGGCAUGAAACAAUCCCCUGAGGCCACGGAACAAAGCGAGACAGGAAAAUUGUGGCCGCUGUGUUUCAUCCUGCUGCCAAUACUGGGCCUCCUGCUGUACAAACGGAAGUACCUUUGUGGAAAGAUGCAGCUGCUGUGCCAGGCCCUCAGGACCUGUUGCCACAAGACUAACGAAGCCGAAAGUGAACAAGAAAUGCCCGGACAUUUCCACCAAGCAGUGCAUGUUAAGGGCGAGUUUGAAGCGGGUCAGGUCGUAAGGGAGGAAGUUGAAACAGAAAAUGACAUGUACAUUUCGGCUGAUCAUUUUCAACGAAGUGAAGCGGGUCUGGUCGUAAGGGAGGAAGUUGAAACAGAAAAUGACAUGUACAUUUCGGCUGAUCAUUUUCAACGAAGUUAAGCCGAAGAAUACGAAACAGUUUCUGCUGGUGUUCAGAAUAAGAAUAUGAAACUUUGAACGAUAUACAUGUCAGCUAAUGAUUGUUAGUAUGGUAGUAGAGGACGUUAAACAUGAUGAUAC